AUGCGUGCCACUUUCGCUCUCCGCAAUGCCGCCCGGACUCCCCUGAUCCGCUUCGUGGGCAAGCGCUCAGUUCCUCAGUCCGUGGACCACACUCCUCGCGUUCACCCCGCCGCUCCUACUUCUUCUCUCCCUGACUCCUUCGCUGCCUACCGUGAAAAGGCCCAGCAGCACGGCCCUCUCGGUCGCGCUCAGUUCACUGGCACCAUCGGUGGCACGCCUGGCGCCUCCCUGGGCCCCGUCCGCCCCGAACCCGGUCAGUUCUUUGACCGCGCUGAGCUUCCUGCACGCUUCGGUCGUCUGCCCUGGUCUCAAGCUGAGAUUGAGGCCAUUGAGACUGGCGGUGCCAGCUUGUUCGCUUAA